UCAAGAUGGCGGCAACUGGCGUGCUGCCUUUCGUCCGUGGCAUCGAUUUUACGCGAAAUGACUUCCAAGAGGACUACUUUCCCAAGGCGGUCGGUGAGAUGACCGGCUUGCGAUGGCUGCGGCUAAAUCGGACCAAAAUCGAUUGGAUUCCGGACGAGCUCCAGGGCCUCAAGAAACUUGAAACAUUAUCUCUGGUGCGCAACAAUCUGGUGACGUUGCACGGCGAGGUCCCCCAGCUGCCGUGCCUGCGCUCCCUCAACUGUCGCCACAACCGGCUCAAGAACUCGGGCAUACCCCCCGACAUCUUCGACCUCGAGGACCUCUUCGUUGUGGACCUGAGCUACAAUGACUUGCGAGAAAUCCCCACUAACCUGGAACACGCUCGGGGUCUACUCGUGCUCAACCUUGCUUACAACAGAAUCGAGACAAUCCCUCACCAGCUCUUCGUCAGCCUCGUCGACUUGAUCCACCUCGACCUCAGUGGCAACCAGCUCGAAACCUUGCCUCCUCAGAUGCGACGCCUGGUCAGUCUGCAGACCUUAGUGCUGAACGACAAUCCCCUGGGCCACUACCAGCUCAGGCAGCUUCCGGCGUUGACGUCACUCCAAGUUCUGCACAUGCGCAACACGCAACGGACAGUCAUCAACACGCCCGUCUCGCUCGACUCAUCAGCCGUACUCUCUGAUGUGGACUUCUCCCAGAAUGCACUGCCGAGAAUUCCCGACGUCCUCUACACAUUGACGACGCUUCGGCGCCUCAACCUGAGCGACAACGCCAUCACAGAGGUGUCCCCAGUCAUUGGAGAUGUGUGGAAGAACAUCCGCAGUCUGAACCUGUCUCGAAAUAAGCUGACAUCACUGCCUGCAGCGCUGUGCAAGCUCACCACCCUGACCCACCUGUACCUCAACGACAACAUGCUCGACUUCGAGGGCAUUCCGUCGGGAAUCGGUAAGCUCCACAACCUGGAGGUGUUCAUGGCAGCCUACAACAACCUGGAGAUGAUUCCUGAAGGCGUCGUACGCUGCGGACGGCUCAAGAAGCUGGUGCUCUGCCACAACCGGCUCAUCACGCUGCCCGAGGCAAUCCACCUGCUCACUGACCUUGAGGUGCUUGACCUCAAGGACAACCCGGACCUGGUGAUGCCCCCCAAGCCGCUCGAGUGCCAGCGGGGCGCUGGUGCCGAGUUCUACAAUGUCGACUUCUCACUCAGCGAGCAGCUAAGGCUCGCUGGGGCGACGCCGACUGCGCAGAUCCCAGCACCGACCCCCGUAAAGGACCCGAUUGCGCGCAAGAUGCGGCUUCGGCGGCGGCGCGAAGGCGAGGCCGACAGUGACCAGGCGAAGAUCCUCAAGGGCAUGACCGAUGUGGCCAAGGAGAAGGACCGAAACGGUCGUUCAGGAGGGGAAGACCGUGUGGACUCCCUCAAGCCAAAGCGUUGGGACGAGGCCCUGGAGAAGCCACCCAUAGACUACAGUGAGAUCUUCGAAGAGGACGUUGGUCAGAUGCCCGGGACGUUUGUCUGGGAAAUCGACAACUUCCUCCCAAACCCCCUCGAUGAGUCUCUGGUGGGCAAGUUCUACGAGGGUGACUGUUACAUUGUGCUCAAGACGUUUGUCGAAGAGUCGCAGAACCUCAACUGGCUCAUCUACUACUGGAUUGGCUCCGAAACCACGCUGGACAAAAAGGCAUGUGCAGCCAUCCACGCCGUGAACCUGCGCAAUUUCCUGGGCGCCCACUGCCGGACAGUGCGCGAGGAGCAGGCGGACGAGAGCCCCGAGUUCCUGCAGCUGUUCGGCGGCCACAUCAACUACCACAAAGGAAACAGGGCGUCCAGCGGCUUCUACAAUGUCGAGGAAGUGGAGUAUGCGGUCCGCCUGUAUCGCCUGCACUCCCGAAACCGGCUGCUUCACGUCGAGUCAGUGGCGGUGGACCCCAGUUCUCUGGACCCGCGUUACGUCUUUGUGCUCGACGCUGGCCGGAAGAUUUUUGUCUGGAGCGGCAGGCACUCGCAGAACACCAUGGUCUCCAAGGGAAGGCUUCUGGCUGAAAAGAUCAACAAGAAUGAGCGCAAGAACUACUCAGAGGUCAUCACGUGCGCGCAAUCUGAAGAGGACGAAGAGCACUUCUGGAGUGCCAUCGGCUGCACGGACCCCAGCGAGUUUGAAGACUUUGAGCCGGUCGAGCACGUGCCGGAAAACUUCACACCCGCUCACCCCUGCCUGUACAAGGUCGGCCUCGGCAUGGGCUACCUCGAGUUACCUCAAGUGGAAGUGCCAGAGGGCAAGCUGGUGCAAUCUCUGCUGGACACCAAGAACGUCUACAUCCUGGACUGCAACUCGGACCUGUUUGUUUGGCUGGGCAAACGGUCGACGAGACUCGUGCGUGCGGCAGCGCUCAAGCUCUGCCAGGAGCUGCUCUGCAUGAUUCACCGGCCGAGCCACGCUAUUGUUAACCGCUGCCAGGAAGGGACAGAGUCGAUGGUCUUCAAAUCCAAAUUCGUCGGCUGGGACGACGUAAUUGCUGUUGACUUCACUCGCACAGCCGAGUCUGUUGCAAGAACGGGGGCUGACCUUCAGAAAUGGAUGGCCACUCAAAAGACGAAGACUGACCUCUCUGCCCUGUUUAUGCCGCGCCAGCCGGCCAUGUCCAAAGAGGAAGCGGGGCAGCUCAUGGAGGAGUGGAACGACGACCUGGAAGCCAUGGAAGCAUUCGUGCUUGAAGGGAAGAAGUUUGUGAAACUUCCCGAAGAGGAACUCGGCCACUUCUACAGCGCGGACUGCUACGUGUUCCUCUGCCGCUACUGGGUGCCCGCGGAGGGGCCCGGCGACGGGGACGAGGCGGGCGUCAAGAAUGGACCCGACGGAGGUGCCGGCGACGAGGACGAGGAGGCGGAGGAAGAAGAGGAAGCCCUGGAGGACGACUACACGUGUGUGGUGUACUUCUGGCAGGGGAGGGACGCGGGCAACAUGGGCUGGCUCACGUUCACCUUCAGCCUGCAGAAGAAGUUCGAGGCCCUGUUUGGGGACAAGCUGCAGGUGCUCAGGACGCACCAGCAACAAGAGAAUCUCAAGUUCCUGUCGCACUUCAAGCGCAAGUUCAUCAUCCACACGGGCAGCCGCAAGAAGUCUCAGAUGGAGGAAAACAACGCGGUGGAGUUGUUCCACCUGCGUGCCAAUGGCAGCCCCAUCUGCUCGAGAUGUGUUCAGAUUCCUCCCUGUGCCAGCAACCUGAAUUCAGCUUUUUGUUAUAUUCUCAAAGUGCCUUUUGAGCAAGAUGGCGAAGAGGACGGCAUGGUCUAUGUCUGGAUCGGCAGCAAGGCUGACGAGGACGACGUGCGGUUAGCGGAAGAACUGGCACGGUCUUUGUAUUGCGCGAUGGAGUACUCCAUAGUGACUGUCGAUGAAGGCGAGGAACCUGAAAAUUUCUUCUGGGUUGGACUCGGAGGAAAAGCCCCCUAUGACACGGAGGCUGACUUCCUUCAGCACGCUCGUCUGUUCCGGUGCUCCAACGAAAAGGGCUACUUCGCUAUCUCGGAAAAGUGCGCCGACUUUUGCCAGGAUGACCUGGCGGAUGACGACAUCAUGAUCCUCGACAACGGGGCGCAGGUCUUCAUCUGGGUCGGCUCGCGCUGCAGCGAGGUUGAGGUCAAGCUCGCCUACAAGAGCGCUCAGGUCUACGUGCAAAAUCUGAGGGUCAAACAGCCCGAGCUGCCGCGAAAGCUGAUGCUUACUGUGAAGGGAAAGGAGUCCCGGAGGUUCACAAAGUGCUUUCAUGGAUGGGGAGCCUACAAGACAGUCGCCGAGUAGGGGAGCAGUCGAACCACCAAGUCUAGUGACGACGACGAUCCACCAAGGAACCACGCUCUGCGAACAUCUAGGGCACGUGGCAUCUCAACAAAGGCAGCGCCUUCUCGUUGACAGCCUCGUACAGAUGUCUUACGGCUCACUUUCAAUGUAUUUUUUAAAUUCUUGAUCUAUUUUACUGAAACUUGCCAAGUUCAUGCAUAUUAGUUUGCUGCUUUUGAAUGUUCAAUCACUAUCGUAGUAUGGCAUCUAAAAUAUCGAACAGUUCUCGUGCCGUUUGGGAACUGCACCUAAUCUGAACUGAGGGAGCCACAAUGUAAUGGGUAUAUCAGAAUAUUCUAGAAUACAAACAGUAUGCAAACCAAUACGAAUGGAUCUUCUAAACCUGUUUGAACAAAAGUUAUGGUAUGUUAAACAAUCAUGAGCGAGUCAACGUCAAGCUUCCGGUUUCAGUCACUAAUGUUCAACAUGCCUGAACAUUUGUUAAGUGUGUUCAGAGCAUUCAUUCUCGUUUCACCACAUGCUACGCCCAUUUCAGAUUAUUGUUACCUAUGCCAAUUCACUUUGUAAUUCUUUUAAACUAGUUUAUGAAAUAUUAUUGCUCUCACAAAAAACUUAUGAAAUCUGGAUAUUUUAAAGACUGUACAUUGCACAACAACAAUUGCAUGUCUGAAAUAUGCAUGAACUCAGCAAGUUUAAUCAAUACAGAUCAAAGUUUUAAAAAUAUUAUUCAGAGAAGGAUCUACCCCUUGAGCCCAAUUAGGAUCGGAUUUCACUGUUGUGAUAGGCUGCUGUGCAAGCUGUGGGAACAGGUUAAUCCUGACCUAGUAAUUCGAUCCGAAUUAGGCUUGACCAUGAUCUAAAGUGACUCGUAAAGCACCUGUCGCCUACUCUGGGUACUUGGUCUGUCAAGGACGUUGAGGUGCUGCUCCAAACGCGUAUAGGUCACAAGGUUGCAUAACGAUCUCGUGUUAAGCUUGGACACCGGACCACGUUUCUUCCUCGUGUGUUUUCAGCGGACUUUGUAAGCUUAUUCCCGGUUAAUUGUUUUGACCAUUGCUGAGAGUUCGCAAAUAGAUUUCCUGGCAUAGCCAAACAAAUGCUUUAAUUUGAUGGAAUAGGAAAGCUUGCCAGAGAGCCUGCUAAGGUGCAUUGUAGGUGAAUGCAACUUGGAUCUCUGAAAGGUGUUGCUGAUGCAACAUUCUCAACUUGCCACAUUUUGCGCGCUAAACUGAAGGCAAUCCAAAGAGGGCUUUAGGCCAAUGCAAAAAGAAAUUUAUCCCUAGUGCCAGAACGCUAUAUGUGGUUUACUACAACAUUUGUUUUCGUCUGUGACUGGCACAGCAUAGCCUUAGUCACUUUUGCAUCACAAAGCCAGCCUAAGUAGUUUUUAUGAACAGUCUCCGAUUCCUGCGCCAAGGUGACAUUCGUCGUGAUACGCUGGCUUGCUCCGUUCUUGCGAUCGUUGCGGCUCCAAAUGCGAGCGCAGCUACGAGUGCCCAUUGCUCUGUUUUUGAAAGUUUUUCAUGAUCAAUCUGACCAUGCUUAUCUUUAUCACCAUACGAUGUCAGCGAGUUUUACUUCAUGUCAAGACGUCGCGAUAAUAUCGGUAACACCAGGUAUGACGUUCCCAACGUUUAGCAUUAAGUGGAAGCUUGUGGAUGCUUCCUGAAAAUAAUGCUAGUUAACUGCCAUCAUCUCUUCUUGUUUGAAGUGCCUUUAGUAAGGUGUCUCUCAAGUUUGAAAAUGCGUCGGCAUACCUUAAAAAAAAAAAAAAGAGUCGUAUUGUGCGACGUGAUAAGUGGCAAUUCAAGAAUGCAGCAUCGGGUUCCUUUCAAAGGGGAUGCAGUCAUGACAUCGUAGUCUUCCAUCUUUUUACAGUGAAGCUGCACAUGGCUAGGAGGUGGAUAACUGUGGCCGUCCUUGAGUGCACAGAAAAUAUAAUUAGGGGGAAAUGCUGGCAUAUUCUACUGUAUGCAAGCCAAUAGGAAUCGAUGUUCUGAACCUGUUUCAACAAAAGUUACAGCAUGUUAAACAGUCAUGAGCAACUCAAUGUCAAUGUGGCAGUAUCAGUCACUAAUGUUCAGCCUGCCCUUGCUUUUGUUCGAGUGGGUUUAGAACGUCCAGAGGAGUCUUCGCUCCUGCUCUAGUUUCUUUUCAGCUUUCGUCAGCAUACGUUAGCUAGGGUUGAUACACACCCCAGCAUGAAUCGCUGCCCAUAAUAUCCUUCAGGUGUUCUUCAUAUCCUGAAAGCUAGUGUCACCAUACACAAAGUUUGAAACUAGCAUCUCUUCAAAUGGAUAAAUCAAAAGUCACAGAAGAGGACUUUUUAAAUACUCAAACUUCGAUACAGCGAACUCAGAUAUUACGAAAUAUCGGUUAUAACGAAGUAAAUGAAAAAUAGUCUUGCAGUAGAUCUAGUCUUAGGAAUAAACCUUCAUAAUGAACUUUCGUAUAUAGCGAACAUAGUUUUGUCCAAUAUGCAACUUUGUUAUAAUGAGGUUCGAGUACAUAACCCAGCUAAUGAUGCGCCGCAUGUUUCAGCUUUACUAGUUAACCAUAUAUACAGACACUUGGGCGGUAACUUUUUCUCUCUAUAUCGACGCCCUCACAUUCUCCACACUCGGGCACUUUGUUGUAGCUAAGCCUGUCGUGCCUUAAUGGGGUUGCACAUCUUUCAUUGGGUGCAGCUGUUGUUCCGAGUGAAGGAGGCGACUGGGUCCUUUCAGAAAACACUGAUGUGUCUUGACAUGCGCAGGCAAAUCUGUUUUAGCAAAUUCCACUUGACAUAAAAAUAGUUUCUUCAUAUCUAAAAGUUCGUCAUAAGUGUACAUUUAUAACACUCGUUAUCAUGAAGGCUGGGUUAUUCUUAAUGUACUUCAUUAUAACUGGUAACUAUUUCCAUUGUUAUUGUAUGAAGGUUUUACUGUAUGAGGAAUAGCAGGUAUCAGUGACUAACUACCCUGAAACCUUAUCAUUCCUGAAUCUCUGAGACUGAAAAGGUGCAAGCUUAAUGGGCAUUGUGUUAGAAGCAAAGAUGAACUCGGGCUAGGAGCAGGUGGCUAAAAUGGGCUCAGGAGCAGGUGGCUACUCCAAAGGCGUUUCUUUUUGUGUGUGUGUCCUUGACCAGCCUAAAGGUGAAGACGUACUUGUGACGGAUUACAGGAUAUGUACGUACAGGUUCGGGCAAAUCACCCUUCUUAACCCCUGUUGAGAUUACCAACCAGUUAGCCUUUUCCGUUGCACUCGACAAUUUUUACGUGUGUGCAUAAUCACAAAAUAAGGACAACUAUUUUUCUUAACAAUGGUCUUUAUAAAGGUGCCGUGUCAUAGUGCAUGGAAAAAUACAUAGCCAGGCAGAUUGCACUUUAUGGUGGUUUGUGUAGGGGACGCAGGGGGAGGGAAGGUACCUGUCCUGCAUUCUCGACUUGUCACUUACUGUGCGUGGUUCUGAAACUGAAGCGAACAAAUUUCCAUCCUGCCUAAGAUCGCCAAGUGUUUAUGCAAUAAGCUUGUACGAAACCAUGACUGUGCCAUAUACUUCCGAUGCCUUGCCAUCUCGUACCAAAGCUGACAAUGCCAUAUUUGCAACACUCUACUGCUCUGUUUAUCGAUACACCUUUCCUAUUUUAUGGCCGACAGCCUCCUGAAAAUGUGACCAAGGAUUUACUGAAGGGUGCAUCAAUAAGGGAGGCCGCCAGAAAUGUGCUCUGGUCAAACUAAUGGCUUGUUCGCGCCCAUACUUCACUUUUCGAUUUUGAUGUCGUUUAGCUACAGUAAAUUUAUCUGGCACUGCCGAGCAAUUUUGAUCUAGCCUUUACCGCUAUGCUAUGCUUUUGCAAUAAUUUACGGCAGGGCAUUAUGCGUUUGUUGUGGAGUUAAAUGCGAUAGUAAACAGGGGCACCAGAUAAAAUCAACCGUGUGUAGAGUUUGAGUGCUAACUACCUAGAGGGUUAGCCCACAGAGCUAAGCUCUCUUAACAAAUACAAUAUUACGUAGAGCUCUCAGAGACUGAAAUAGGUCAUAAAACAUUUAGUUUAACGUCCUAUACAUCCAACUUAUCGAGCUAAUCAUGUCAUGCCGCUAUGAAUCUGGCUGCUAAAAGUAAAGUUGACUGUGGAGCGAGUUAAAACUAAAGAUUACACCGAUGCAUUGCAAACUAAUCGCGGUGGAGAGUAUGUGCGUUGCUUAGUCGUAAACUGUGUUUAAGACGGUGGGCAUUGUACAUCCUCACAAAAAGUUCACCUGCCCGUUUGUGAGAUGCUUUGCAUGGUUCUGAAACGCCCAUGUUACUCUUGGGAAAAUUCAUCAGCGGGAGCAUCAGCAUUCCAGACUGAUAGUGUUGUAUGCACAAGUGAGAGAUAUGGGAAUGCAACCAUGAUAAUGUCCUUUUAAACCCACUUUUUUUUUCCACGCCAGUGCAGACCAUCGCGGGAAAGCCGUGCUCAAGCUGUAGACCCGACGUCCAUCUCUACAACUUCGUGUCAUAGUCACACAGAUCAGACUAUAUCGCCAAAGCCUUGCAGAACUGUCGCUGCCUAUUUCGUAAUUUAUUUAUAAUGUAAUAUAAGACAAUUUAGUGCCUUGGAGACUGUUUGUUUGUAAAACGUGUGUGUGUUUGUAUAUUGCAGUGUAUUUUCUUCCAUGGAUGUAUAAAUUAAAGUGCGAUUAACUACAACA